AUGGUGAAGGUUGGAUAUGAUUCUACCCAUGGCAAACUCAAAGGCACAGUCAAGGCUGAGAAGAGCAACCCUGUCAUCAGUGCAAAGCCCAUCUCCAUCUUCCAGGAGCAAGAUCCCACCAACAUCGAAUGGGGUGAUGCUGGUGAUGAGUAUGCUGUGGAGUCCACUGGAGAAGGCUGCUCCUUACUUGAAGGUGGGGCCAAGAAGAUCAGCAUCUCUGCCCAUUCUACUGAUGCCCUCAUAUUUGCGAUGGGUGUGAACCAUGAGAAGUAUGACAACUCUCUCAAGAUUGUCAGCAAUGCCUCCUGCAGCACCAACUGCUUGUCCUCUCUGGCCAAGGUCAUCCAUUACAACAAUGGCAUUGUGGAGGAACUCAUGACCACAGUCCAUGCCAUCACUGCCACCAAGAAGACCAUGCCAGGCCCAGCUCGGAAACUGUGGCAUGAUAGCUGGGGGGCUUCCCAGAACAUCAUUCCUGCUUCUACUUAUGCCACCAAGGCUGUAGUCAGGGUCAUCCCUGAGCUAAAUAGGAAGCUCACUAGCAUGGCCUUCCAUGUCCUCGCCCCAAAAGUGUCAGUCGUGGAUCUGAGCUGCCACCUGGGGAAAACUGCCAAGUACUAUGACAUCAAGAAGCUGGUGAAGCAGGCAUUGAAGGGUCCCCUCAAGAGCAUCCUGGGCCCCACUGAGGACCAGGUAGUCUCCUGCAACUUUAAAAAUGACACCCAAUCUUCCACCUUCAAUGCUGGGGCUGUCACUGUCCUCAAUGACCAUUUAGUCAAGUUCAUAUUCUAG